UCAGUGCCGCCGGUGCCAAACUACAAGCUCUCCAUGUCGAUCCCAGAAUGGCUGCAGGCAAUACAGACCUACAUGAAGAUGCUGCAAUACAAUCACACAGGAACACAGUUCUUCGAGAUUAGAAAAACGAGACCUCUCAGUGGGUUAAUGGAGACAGCAAAAGAAAUGACCAGGGAGUCCUUACCUAUCAAAUGCCUUGAAGCAGUUAUCCUGGGGAUAUACUUAACGAAUGGGCAGCCCUCUGUGGAACGAUUCCCCAUCAGCUUUAAAACCCACUUCUCAGGGAACUAUUUUCAUCAUGUGGUGCUUGGGAUUUACUGCAAUGGCCGGUAUGGUUCGCUCGGCCUGAGCAGCAAUGGCCGGUACGGUUCGCUCGGCAUGAGCAGACGAUCAGAUCUGAUGGACAAACCUCUAACUUAUCGAAAUCUGAGCGACCUCAUCUUUGAAUUUGAAGACUCCUAUAAAAAGUACUUGCAUUCAGUCAAAAAAGUAAAAAUUGGAUUAUACGUCCCUCAUGAGCUGCACAGCUUUCAGCCCAUCGAGUGGAAACAGCUGGUCCUCAAUGUAUCCAAGAUGAUGCGCACAGAAGUCAAGAAGGAGCUGGAGAAGUUUGCCAGGGAUAUGAGGAUGAAG